UCGUCUAAUACCAGACCUUUAGACACGUGGUUGUUACGUCGUAAAAUAAUUAAUCAAGUUUCAUUCAACUGCCAAGACGAAAAGUUUAUAGAAUAAAUCUAACCAGACGUAAUUUAAAGCAAAUAUUAAAUUUUAGUAAAGGUGAAUGAAUUAAUCAAGAAGAAAUGGACUAUGAUACAGACGCAACACUUUCGAAAAUAAACCAAAUCAUCGAAAACGACGACCUGGAUCGUGUAGAGACAAUAAUAGCUGAUCAAUCAGCAACAUCACUAUACUGGGAAGAUAUUGUAACGGAAUUAGGUAUAAAGCAAUAAAAUUUAUGUUUGAUGGAUUUCCAUGUUUACUGACAGAAGAUGGAUGACGUUAAGUUUAAGAGUAAUAUUGACCAGGAUUCUUAUGAUGACCUCAUUGACAAUGCGCACAACAAACUUCAAGGACUGAUGAACACAUCAGAGCUCGAUAAUCAACUAGAAAAUAUUAUGCAAUUGAAACAAAUAAUGAAAUGCUUGUUGGAAUAUCCGCACAAUCGGUACAAUCAACAUGGCAUUGAUCUUGAAUAUGAUAAAGCUACUAUGAAAGUUACAGUAUCGAGUAAUAAGAAACUCUACAUAAACAAGCUGAUUAAUAAUGAAACCGUGCUUGAAAUAUGGAUCAAUCGCAAGAAUGAAUCUGAUAGAAAUGAACGUCAAACAUCGGAGUAUAUUCAAGUGAUUAUUUUUAGCAUAAUAAAGUAUCUUAUAAAACAUGCUGCGAAAAUGCAGAAAUUAAAGAUACGUGUAUCAACAAAGAAUACGCAAGCUAUCAACAGUUCCUUAUGUUACGAUCUGUUUAAAGCUAAAUGCAACACUGAAAUCAGUCUAUGUCACAAGUCGGAAUUGUGACCGAUAGAUUUGUAUCAAUUUAUGAAAUUUGCACUAAUUGCAACUGUUGUUUGUCCAAUUAUACUGUGAAUGAUACAAUUCGGAGAUACGUUUUGUCUGGGUCAAUUACAAUUCCGCUUCCGAUCUAUGAAAAAGACAUUGUUAGAUCAUUUAUCAAAUCAACAACAAAAAAACCUAGUAUUUUAGAUGAUCUUUAAAUAAUUUUUCUGAAUUCAAAAUAUUUAUCGUGAUGGAACUUGAUAAUUAUAGAAUUUUACUGAUUUACUUGAUCUCUUUAAUUUGUCAGACUGAUUUUUUUGAUAUGACGUCAGCUUACAAUUUAUGUUGUCUGUAUGUAUUAUUUUUAUUUUUGUAUAAUCGAAACUUAAUCAUCCCUAAAUAAAAACAA